AUGGACAGGCGAUACGAAAGCCUGGCGACGACGCCUGCGCCCUUUGCCUGCCUAGCAUGUCGCGACUCGAAGAGGCGGUGCGACCGCGCUCUUCCGCAGUGCAGAGGCUGUCUCCAAAAGCGGAUUGUGUGCGACUAUCCGUAUCGCCGCAAGAAGAGAGAGCGAAAGACGCAGCCGGCACCGUCCAAUGCUGUCGUCUCUCCCACCUCCGGCUUGCUGACGGACCAAGCUUCACUUACAGCCGAGAUAUCAUCGCACCCAAGCCCGGACUAUGAUGCCUUCCACCCCGGUUCCUCUCAGUCCGCCGCGGCCAACUUUCUCACGGAGCGCUUCCUUGAUCCGGAGGCGUUCGUCAGCGCCCAGUUGAAAGUCCCGGAGCCAUCCGUAGAUCAUCUCAUUACAAAGGAAGUGUCGGACUUUGUUGGUGAUGUUGCCAACAUCAAGGCAAUUUCUGACAAGUUCUUCACCUCUGUGCAUGAGUGGAUGCCGAUUGUGUCCAGAAUACAGUUCCUGGCGAAUCUUGUCGGCUGGCUCACGCAUAAGCGUGCCGAGCUCUUCUUUCUCAUUCUUGCCAUGAGAUUGUCCAGCGAACAGGUUUCGAACCCGAGGUCGCGGCUUUAUCAGGUCACAAAGUAUCUGCAGUUUAGGCUCGAACAUUCCGGAGUUUUGUCUCUUCAAGUUAUUCAAGCUUCGGUUCUUGUGGCUCUUUAUGAGAUCGGACACGGCGUGUAUCCAUCCGCAUACUUAUCCAUUGCUGGAUGUGCUCGCUAUGCUACCGCUCUGGGGAUCGACCAGUCCAUUCUCUGCCGAGACUUGAACGGCAUAUCGUGGAACGAAUUGGAGGAACGCCGCCGUGUAUGGUGGUCGAUACUCGUUCUGGAUAGCCGCCAUCUGGUGACGCCUGACCCGAUCUUGGAGAAUUGGCUUCCUGUUGACGAUGCUGCCUUUAAUGACGGAUCUGGCAGGCCGGAGGAUGCAUACACGUUGGGCUCAGCCACUGCUCUCGACCUGGGCCGCUUUGCCCGCUUCGCACAAGCUGCUCAUUUACUCGGCCAGGUUCUCCGCCAUGUCGCCGAAGGAUCCCCAGAGAGCGAGACGGCCCAGCUGAGGCGCACCAUCUUCUCCCUCGUCAGCAUUUCAAAGCUAGAAGCGCAUCUGAGACAGAUGGAAUUCUGCUCUCAGACGGCCGUGUGUUAUUGCGGGAUCCUUCUCCUGGACUCUUCUCAGGCGAAGAACAAGGACAGAGCGGAAUCUUUUGUCACAUCUCUCGAUCAGAUGUCCACGGAAACCAAUUUGAUAUCGCAAUCGGCUCUCCAAAUGUCCAACUAUCUGAUUACACGGCGAUCCUUUAUGGACAUACACAACCGAUCGUCCCCGUUUCUCUUGCAUAUGAUGUACAGAGUUGCACUGCUCUAUCUGGAAAGCUCACGGCCUACUCCUGGUGACACCACCGCUGACAAGUUGCAUCUGAUCAAGCAAGGGAUGGAGAUCAUCGGCCGUCGAUGGCAAAUUGCCCAGUCAUACCUUUCAUUGCUGUCGCGACACGAAAUCAUGCAAGCGAUGAAGUAGAUGC